AUGUCAGAAAAAGAGGUUUCAGAGAAAGAAUCAGGCUCCGGAAUGGAGAUAUACUUGCGCUUCGGCGACGACAUGGAGAAAGACUACUGCUUCCAAGUCACCACCAAGUCUGUUUUCCGAGACUUGCUCAAGAUCUUUACCACUUUGCCUAUUGCCUUGAGACCCAAUGUCUUCUACGACUCUGUGCCUAAGGGCUUUGUUGUCUCGACCGCUCCAGGAUACUUGACCGAGGACGGUGCGUUGCUUUUCUCGUAUGAGACGGGCCAAAAACGGUUCCAGAAGAAAGUUGCUUUGGACGACACCAUUGCCGAUCACUGCUGGCCGGGCCAGUUGGUGUUGCCUGUGUGGGAGUUCAACUCGUUUGCGUUCUACUCGUUCUUGUCGUUUUUGGGUGCGUGGCUUUACACCGACUUACCAGACUUCAUUUCGCCCACUCCAGGCCACUGUAUGACCAACUACGUGAGUAAAUUCUUUGCCAAGAUCGCCAGAAUGGCGGGUUACACUCACAUGGCCGACGUGCUUUUGAAAGACAUCAUGGACCCUGUUGGUGUUGGUGCGCAAUGCAUCUUCUUCUUUUUCCACAUUGUCAAGGUUGUGGUGAUUUUCUUUGUCCUUUGGGCUGGUGUGUUCAACCCAACACGGAUUCUUCGCUCGCCUUUUGCACCAAAAGUUGACGUCACCAAGGAACAGUUGAUCAGCUUGGGCUGGACCGGCUCGAAAAGAGCCAACGCCGAUGAAUACAAGGAACACUACCGCAAUGCCAAAAUCAAGGAGUACGGUGGAAUGGUUCCUGCGCAUCAGGCCGGUUUAUUUACCCGCUUGAAGCAAUUGGGUGUUUUCUUGGGCGAAGGCGAGGGGUUCAACACUCCAGUUUCUUCCGAAAACACAUUUGACGAUCUCAAGGAAGAUAAGCUUAUUUUGAGCUAUUCGUACUUCGUGAAGCUUGGUGAACACUUUGAAAAAUUCAUCAAGGACAAGCCACAGAACGAAGUGACCGAGGCCAUCAAAGAGUUCCGCCGCUUUGGUCUCUUGAACUCCAGUGAAGAGAUUCGUCGUGUGGUGGAGGUAAGAAAAAGCCACGGUGACUCGAAACUUUCCAAGGAAUGA